CAAGGGUGUGCCUCUGAUAUUUGCUGCGCAUUCUUGGUCUAAACACAAACACGCACCUGCCCACGCACCUAGGGUCAUUUGUCAGCCACACGCGCCCUCAUCGCCCGUACCUUGCGUGUGCAUACUUGUAUAAAAUCUCUUAUCGCCUGCAUUUAAGCCUCAACUGCGCGCGCUCGCCUGCAUAGCUGCCCGCCUGGGAAACACAAGAACAAAAGCGCUCUCUUUCUCGCUCUCUUCCACGGGCAGUGCUCGGGCUCGGCGUAAGCAUAAACGCGCGUCGCUUUCAACUCGCUUAGCCAGUUUCGUUUCGAACGCUUUCGUGUGCGGUGCUGGCGGUUAAAGCAGCGCGCGUUUUCCACCGAUUCAAAGUUGAAUUGUAUUGACACUGCGAAACGGUUAAGAACUUCUUGGCCGAUAUAUUCAAUUUCAAGUGCAUUUCAAAAACUAAGUAGCCAUGCGAUUUUUACUGCUCUGCGCGCUGUUGGCGCUGCAUGGACUGGUGAGUGCUCAGGAAGAUUAUUGCUUUGGCAAGGAUCAGGAGCGCACGCAGACUCGUCAAUUCACUUCGAAGACGGCCUAUCAGAUCAUCAAGGGCACCAACAUCGACAAGCAAUAUCAGGUGCCAAAGUGUGAGCCCAUAAAAAUGUGGAUUUUCCACAGACAUGGUACACGGCUGCCCACGCCGAGCACAAUUGAGGCAGCCCCUCGGCUAGAGGAGCUGCGCGAUUUAAUUGUGAAAAAUUAUCGUGUGCUGCGAACGCAGCCCGAUACAAAUGCUUUAUGUAAAGAGGAUCAGUUUGGCAUCCAGAUGUGGAGGUGGAAUAGCAGCAUCACCGUGGACAUUGAGGAGCAUUUGACCAGGCAGGGCUAUGAGGACUUGCGGGGCACUGCCAAGCUCUAUCAGCGCUACUACCCUCAAGUGCUCACCAAAAACUACAAUGACACGUACUACUUAUUCCGCCACACCGACACUCAACGUACUACUGAAAGUUUCAAGGCCUUUGCUGAGGGUUUGUUUGGUGAGAACAAUCCUGCACAUGCGGUUGACAUUCCUGAUGAGGAUCUGCUGCUGCGUCCUUACGACUACUGCACUGCGUACAAGGAGCAAAACUAUAAAGGACCGGACUCUGACAGCUACAAGUAUCGACAGUCUGCACUAUGGAACAACACACUAACUGAUAUAUCUAGACGCUUGGGAUUCCAAUACACUUUGUCUGCUGACGAUAUUUUGCUUAUGUACGAUAUGUGUCGCUACGAGCAGGCAUGGCAGGUGGAUCGCACAAGCGUCUGGUGUGCCGCCUUCCUGCCCGAACAGGUUACAGUGCUUGAGUACGAGGACGAUCUGAAGUACUACUACAAGUCCGGCUAUGGCUACGAAGAUAAUUCGCGACUGAACUGCCGUGCCGUAAAGGAUAUGCUGAGCCAUCUGAGCAGCCCCGCUUCGCCACAUGUGGUCGCCUAUUUUGGACACUCGACUGGCCUGCAAACUUUAAUCACCGCAUUGGGCAUUAAUAAGGACGAUCUGCAGCUAAAGGCGGACAACUACAAUAGCUUGACAAGUCGUCGCUGGAAGACAAGCAACAUUGAUCCGUUUGCAGGAAACUUUGUGGCCGUCAAAUAUGCUUGUCCCACCGACCUUGAAAAGGAGAAGGUUGUGUUCUUCCUCAAUCAGAAUGCCGUGCAGCUCGACUGGUGCAAUGUAGGCUUGUGCAAUUGGUCCGAGGUUCAGCAGCGCUACAAGAAUCUGGCUGAUGCCAACUGUGAUGAAUACUACUGCCGUUCUAGUGCUGCUAAGAUUGCGACGCAUGCGUCGUUGUUGAUCGCUGCCAUUGUUUACUUAAUGCACUAAUGCACCAAAUGAUAACAAAAGCAGUUAAGUCUUUGCGUUCUAGUUUAGUUUAAUUUUUAAAUAAAUGUACAAAGUCCGUACCAAAAUGGCGAAGAUGCAUUAAGACAGAGACAGACCUAUUGGCAGGCCACGAGGAAACAGCGCCAGCUGUAGAAGUGAUGAGAAGGAAAUGGAAGGCGUGAGGAAGUAUUUUUCAAUAAACAUACGGUAUAUGCAUUGUUUAUACUCGUAUUUACAAAAGCA